AUGACUGUGCGAUACAUCCUUUUCUCCUUAACCGCAUUCUCGCUAUACGCUAUCUGGUAUCUCAGUUACACCAAUGGUACUCUCAAGCUAAAUGAAAGAGCUAUCACUUUCGGCAAGCUACAGCAUGGCGAAAAGUUGAGCACCCUUUAUACCGGAAUUGAGCCUGUUGACCAGCUCUUGAGUGUGUUCACAACAUUUUUCUAUCCCGCUGUCGAUGGGCACAGUCCCGGAUUGCUACUGCAUGCAGUCUUGUUUUCCGGCACAUUUGGUGCCUCGUGGAUUCUGACCGUGUUGGAAUCUUGGAGAAGCGGCAAUAUUGGCACAGUGGUUGCUUAUCCAAUUAUUCUUGGGCUCCUGGGCCAGUUGUUGACCUUCGCAUUUGCAACACCACUCAUUUCCGCCCUGCAACUAGGCCACUCGAUCACGGCAGAAAGACCCGACGCAGACAAUAUCCGUGUUCCACGCGCUGUUCUGACGGCUCUCCCCGUCGCAAUGACGAUCGGUUACCUGGUGCCUUCACUGUUGAUGAUUCUGCCGGCACCGACAUUGGUCUCUGUGGAGUCGAAGCAAAUGUUUAUCGCCCUCUGGCAACCGUGGCCCAUCUAUGUUUCCAUUCUGACUCCCGUACUCUCAUUUGCCUUGUCUCCGUACCUUGAUCACAACCAUCGCGCCUCUCUCAACAGCUUGCGCUGGGUUUACGGAAGCGCAUUUCUCCUUGGAGCAGGACCGCACAUCGUUGCAGAGGUUGUCUCUCUUGCUGCUUGGGUUGUUCCAAUCCUAUUUCCCGAGGGCCUUAGAGAUGUUUUUCAUCCAGCCAAUAUGCUUGGACUUCCAUUGCCUUGGUCCUCAAUGGAAGUCCAAACAAUGGCUGAGGGCACACGUAUCUUCUUGGUAUGGGACUAUUUGAUUGGAUCUGCUGGAUUUCUGAUCUGGGCAAUAAAGUUGCACCAUGUUGCCCAGGCAAGAAUUAUGAACACAGCCCGUUUGACUCACCUUUGUUUGAAAGCAUUUCUACUCACCGCAAUUGUCGGGCCCGCAGCGGCAGCAGUUAGAUUGGUAUGGGAACGGGAUGAGCUUAUAUUCGCCGAGGAGGCCAAGAAGAACGCAUAA